AAUUAAAAUGAACUCGUCUCGUGUAUACAAUACCUGAGAGUUUCGACUUUUGACUAAUAUUAGCAACACUUUAUGCAUUUUUAAAACUUCAAUUUUUUUAGGAUUUAAUGGAUUGUGGUUGUGGUUGGAUCAACCCACAUGUAACAUGAGUAACUACUAUUUUCUUAUAUAAUUACUUGUUUUGCCUACUACAUAACUAAAUAAGCUUCAAUGUAGGUUACAUUAUUAUUAUAUUAACGUUCAGCGACAAACGUGCUGAUUAGAUCUAUAUAACCUUGAAGAUAAUUUUUUAUACAAAUUCAAUAUUACAAAAUACACAGAGCGAACUUUGUACUGACGUUAACGUUUUAUAGAGGUUAGCUAAAAAUAAAAUGACAAAAAUAUUUCAAUUAAUUCACAUUCCGAAACGUCUGUAUUCUGGAUCGGCGAAAGAUAAAGUGAUAGCAAAAAAAUACGUUUUAACCAAAUACUUUCAAGGUGAGCCGAAGGAUAGUGAUUUUAAAGUUGUUGAAGAGGAACUCCCGGAUCUGAAAAAUGGAGAAAUAUUGGCACAAGCCGAAUACCUGAGCGUCGACCCAUAUAUGCGAGCCUAUAUGAUUGGUUACAAACUGCCGACGGACAUGAUUGGGAGCCAAGUGGCUAAGGUAAUAGAGAGUCGUAAUGAUAAAUAUCCAGUCGGUAGCUACGUGACAGAUUCAUUUGGAUGGCGGACUCAUACUAUUUGCAACCCUGAUACUGUACGACCGCAGGAUGUUAUGCCUUUAACAAAGAUUCCUAAUGUCGAGCCUCAUCCUGUGUCUUUAGCCCUCGGAGUUCUGGGAAUGCCUGGAAACACUGCUUACUUCGGAUUGAAAGAGAUCUGCAAACCAAAAUCGGGGGAGACAGUUGCAAUAACUGGUGCAGCGGGUGCUGUUGGCUCGCAUGUUGGUCAAAUAGCUAAGAUUUUAGGUUGUAAAGUGAUUGGUUUCGCGGGAUCUGACGCAAAAUGUGACUAUUUGGUCAAAGAGCUUGGUUUUGAUCACGCUUUUAACUACAAGACAGCAGAUAUCAAAGCGGCACUCAGGCAAGCUGCUCCUAACAGAGUAGAUUGUUAUUUUGAUAAUGUCGGAGGUGAAAUUAGUCACAAAAUCAUGACACAUAUGAAUAAGUAUGGCAGAGUUGCUGUGUGUGGCGCAAUAUCAUCGUACAACGACCUCAAACCCCCAAAAGUGACAAUAAUGCAGCCGGCCAUAGUGUUUAAGGAGUUAAAAGUGGAGGGAUUUUUAGUAAACCGAUGGACGCAUAGAUGGGAGGAGGGCAUAAAUAUGAAUUUGAAAUGGCUGGAAGAAGGCAAAAUUAAAUAUAAAGAAGAAUUAUACCACGGUUUUGAAAAUAUGGUGACAGCCUUAAAUGGUAUUCUUAGAGGAGAAAAUACAGGAAAAGCCGUUGUUAAAGUCAAUUAAUAAUUACAAUUAUACAUUACUGUACCAAUUAAGUUUCGUACAUUUCUUAUGGUUUUAAGUCAAAGUCCAUUUGUAAUAAAUAAUAGUGUUAUAUUUUUUCUAUUGGCAUAAUAAACAAAUUAACAGUU